GCUGUUUCCGGACGGCAAGAGAGAUGAGCUAGUUGGGCAGAGGGCGUCAGGGUCAAGGCGCCGCUCGACGAAGAAGGUCUGGAACGCGCGGGGCGUCGGAUGCGCUCUCCUCUGGUGCGGCAGAACGCUGCGCCCGCCUCCUCUGCUGUGAUGCUCUGCUCACGUCUUGCACGAGAGCCCGCGUCCUCGCUAUGCUGCACAUGCCGCUCUCCUGUGGCUGGAUGCCGCUGCGCGCUCGCAAUGCUCGAUCAAGUGCUCGACAUUAACACAAAGGGUCAACAGCCUGCGUAGACCGCCUACUCGCGGAUGAUGACGGCCGCUGAGGAAGCACGUCAGCCAUCCGUGC